GAAGGAGAUAUGGUUCGACGGAGCAAAAGGUUCGAACGCGCCGAACAUGUCAUACGACUUCACCGACUGGUUCGCCAUGGUAAAGGAGUUACAGAGCUCCGCGAAUAUCUUUUCCAACAUCGGCCCCGACGUCCGAUGGGUCGGCAACGAAAAUGGGUUCGCCGGAACCACUUGCUGGUCCACCAUCAACCGGACGGCGCUCUCCAUCGGAAACGGAAGCAACCUUGACUAUCUAAACACCGGAGACCCGGCAGGAACAGAUUGGGUGCCGGCAGAAUGCGACGUCUCCAUAAGAACAGGGUGGUUCUGGCACAAGUCACAAUCCCCCAAAAACCUCACCCAAUUGCUCGAAAUCUACUACAACUCCGUCGGCCGGAAUUGCGUGCUUCUCCUCAACGUUCCCCCGAAUACCACCGGACUCAUCUCCGAUUCCGACGUCGAGAGAUUACGAGAGUUCAGAACUGCAAUCGACACCAUC